UUUUUCAUAUUGCGCGGCUAUGUCAGUUUUACCUUAAUUGUUAGUUCAUGAAGUAAUUAAAUUAAAUCAAAAAUGGUUGUUAACGAACAGUGCGAUGAAUUAUUGUAUCAAAAGAUUUUUGAAAUUAGAUGUAAAAAGUUUAGGGAUUUUUUAUUUGAUUUCGAUCCUCAUGUACGUAUUGCGGGAAGAGCUGAUGAUGUGAAACGAGCCCGGGAGAAGAUUAUGCAAGUAUUGGACACCAGAAGCAACCGGGUCACGAUGAAGAUUGACGUGAGCUACACGGACCACUCCCAUAUCAUUGGCAAGGGCGGGCUGACUAUAAAGCGCGUGAUGGAGGACACGGGGUGCCACAUCCACUUCCCGGACUCGAACCGCACCAGCGCGACGGAGAAGAGCAACCAGGUUUCGAUAGCGGGCGACAUGGAGCGCGUGGAGCGAGCCCGCGCCCGCGUGCGCGCGCUCACGCCGCUCGUCUUCAGCUUCGAGCUGCCCAUCGCCGAGAGCAUUAUACUAUCUGCUGAAACGCGGUCCGCCGGCGCACCAGUUCGUGUCGUCGUCUGCCUACGUGUUAGUGCCUGUCCUCGUCUGUGGGUGCUGUGCGUUGGCGCUGGUGACAGGAUGCGGCUGGUGAAGAGUGCGCGGGGAGGUGGCGAUGAGUCAGCACCUAGCUCUGUACAGUCAAAUUCCAGCUAUGGAAUAUUCGGCAGCGCGUGCUCCGACAUGUCGGAUUGCGAGUGCGGCGCGGAGGACUACCACUAUGCUACUUACAAGAGUCCAUUCUGCUCGCACUCGGCAAGCUUCAGCAGCGCCGUCAACUGCGGCGAGCGCGCCCCCCUGCUGCCCGCGCACCACGCACUACUCUCCGCCCCCGCCCCCGCCCCCGCACCCGCACACACCACAUAUAACAGUAUUACCUUCUCCGACUCAUUGGGCCCAGGUGAGAUCUCCGGCCGCGACAUCAUUGACACAUACAAGCGCUUGGAGAAGGAAGACAAAUCGGAGCCGGAGUCGCGGCAGAGCUCGUUGGUCACUAUGUGA